UCGCGUUGCAAGGAGAGGAGCUUCAACAGUGCCUGGGACUUGCGACCCAGGUGUAGGUUUAAGAUGCCCCUAUGUAGCGUGCGUUAAACGCUCAACUCCACUAACAAGCUCCUCUCCCUACCAAACCAAAUUUGAAAAGAACCUACUAGGGCUGUCGUCGAAGUCCGUUCCAAGAAUGAAUUGAUGUGAGUUCUGCACAGGCCCAAGUCUUUUAGUAGGUUGUAGAGAGAUUUAGCCGUUACACCUCUUGCUCCCACUUCUAUCGCCUAUAAAUCCACGACUAACCUAUUUCGAGUGAGUUCAUUAGUGAGCUCGUAAUAUUUGUUGACCUUGAUGGUAUGGUCUUUGGGGAUGUUGAUAUCCCAAGGAAGCGUAAACUCUAUCAUGACAACGCACUUUAAAAUUCGCGAAUAUAAAAAUAUAUCGGGUCUGGAGGCCGACGCACAAAUAUCUCUGGGAUUUUAUAUUGCUUCUUAUACGUAUCCAUCAUUAUAAUCCAAUUCGAAGUCGCUUUAAGAAUGGAGUAAGGCUUGACGUUUGAUUUUAUAGUCCUAGUGUCCUCUCUCACAAAACCUACUGAUCGCUCGUUUGUGGUUAUUUCCCUUUGCACUCUGACUACCGAAAGACUAACCGCUUCACGUAUGAUUUCUAGAACCGGUACGACGCGAGUAUUGACCGCUAUCCAGGAGUUCCUUACAUCGGAUUAACAAAUGCCUAGCAGUUCCAACUGCCUUCUCACAGACAUAGCAAGUCUUUUCGGUACCUUUACCCCAUCUUACUAAAUUACUCUGAUCUGGGAGAGUCAUUUGGAACGCAUUGAGAUAGAAUUUUAUUAAUGCUGGCCACCAAUCAUGGAUUAAGGAGCGCCAUUUUAGUGCUAAUGGGAUGCAAAAAUGUCCUAUAUCUAACCACUCGUUCUGCAUUUCUAAACUCAUUGCAUGGAUCUUAUAUUUAUCAUUCUCGUCUUGCCGACUAAAAGACUUCAAUAUAUCCGUAUCUUGGACUUUCUUACUUGAUCCUAACCCUACUCUGUUACUUUGUACUCCUACCAUAAACUGAUGUGGAAUUGAAGCCUUGACUCUAGCUCUGGGGCAUCUUUGUCUUUUGGGAGCGAUGUGACGACGUCAUCAUGGGAUUUCCCCAGGAUGUAUCUCUUGGAAACUCUCAGAUGUUUUAGAGCUCCGAAGGCCUUUUUAGACUCAACCCAAAACUAUUGCGAUCCCUGAAUAUAUCCGAUGACUCAGCCGUUAGCGCGAGCCCGAGCCACAACUUUAACAUCUUUAUGACGCCUGCAUUUAACUUUGACAAAAGGGUUUUACUAAAAUCAUAGACGAGGAAAGGCCAAUUUAAACGUAAGGUUAGGUAAUUGUCGUAGAUCUAAGCUUUUUUAACGUUACUGAUCUGUUGGCUAUCUACCUUGUUUAGAUCGUUUGAAAAGCUAUCUACUAUAUACUUACUGAAAAAAAAUAUGGAAGAAAUGUUAACAGAAAUAAACCAGAACAUCUGAAAUAGAAUUUAAAAACAAAAUUUUUAUACUGUUGUAAAAUAAAAACCGACAGUCCGAUAAAAUGAUUUAAAUUUAAUCAAUCUUUUAUACAAAAUAUAUCAAAGAUUGUUUAAAUACAUUAUAUUGUCAUAUUAUACAUAGAUACAUGUAAUGUUUGAACUCGAGCAAUGGUUGUGUGCUGUGUCGGAUGAUCCUUGGCGUCUAGUUUGUUGUGUAACCGAAAAAUACAUUAUUUUCUAAUGGGAUAUAAAAUUGUUUUAGGCUUUUUAAUAAUCUGUGAUGUAUUAUUAAUCGGGGAAACGGUAAAUGUGAUCAAACUUCAAUUCGAACAUAAAUUAAUAGCCCAAAAUGGCCUUGCAUGGCCACCAAUGGUGAAAGUGGCUGUAGGGAACGAAGCUUUGAUAAAGCUCAAAACCAGUGUCGAGGGGCAAUCAUCAUGCGUCGUGAGAAGCCCUAGAGGUCAGGAGUUUGAUAUAUUCAAUACUCCUCCUAGUGACAAGUAUGAGAGGUGGUCGGACGGUUGUGGUGUCAGGAUUAAAGACGUGAGAUCCGAAGAUCUAGGCAGAUGGCGCCUCAGUUCCACCAGAGGGAACAACUCCUUGACAGGAUGGAGUGAAUUGCAUGUACUUGAGGAUACUACACGUUACGACGCCCCUCCGAUAUCACUCCAGGAUGGGGCUCAGGCCAAAGUCGAGUUGUCGUCAUUGGACAACUCCUACUGUGUGGUCGCUAAGCCGUUUUCGGAUAGUUCAUUGGUACCUGGAAAGUGUAGUGUAACUUUGGACCGAACAACCAGAGCGGUCCAGGGUAAUUGGCAGGUAUACUUGGGCUUACCAGGACAAGUUUCCGAGUUGCAAACAAAUCGACACGUGACAGUCCACACCGAACGUCUGGAUGUCGGAUAUGUGCAUGCGAAUAAAAAAAUACAUUUGUAUUGCAACAUAUUGAAUAGCGAUAAGGAAAUAACGUUCUGCAGAUUCCAGAAAGCGUCCAACAUGUACGGAUUCAACGUCGUGGACGGUUUGAGCGACGGAACUCAUAGCUACUAUGGUGAAGGGUUCGCGCUCAAACAGUGUGGGAUGACAAUUGAAAGCCCAAAAAGGCAAGACUACGGAUCGUGGAGGUGUUCUGUUGGGGUUCAGAUGUUGGUUGGUACAGUGAUGCAGCCACAGACGCCGAUGCAGGCGCUAAUAAGCGUACCAGUACCGAAAACUCUUAACUCGGUUGCGAAUGCUGACGAUAAAGAAUUGAUGUCGGUGUUUGUGACGGUCGACUCUCCUUUUACAAUAUCUUGUCACGCGGAAGUAUCCCUGAACUAUUGCUGGUUCCAGCACCCCAAUGGGACUCAGUUUACUCCUGUGGCGUCUGAGGGUGCUGGUCAGUUGUUUUGGUAUACAGGUCAGGGUUUGGAUUUAGGAGACUGUGGUGUCACUUUUGCUCACGCCAAUUCAUCGGAUUCUGGUAUUUGGAAAUGCUAUAUGGGUCCUCGUGGAACUGCUGGUAUUGAAAUGACUGACAAAGUUCAGGUCAGAGUAACUGGACCCUUGGCUGCCAACAAACAGAGGGUUUCUGUCUCUGUUGGAGACAGUGCCACGUUGUAUUGUCAUACAGCUAACGGCAGGAGAGCUUUGAAUUACUGUAGAUUCCUGUCGCCAAAAUUUCUAGGACUAAGUGUCGACGAGACAGUUACAAAGAACAAAGCUAUCCUGGAUCGGUUUUACUUCACACCAAACAGAAGCAUCGAUGUGGGAGAUUGUUCCUUAAAUAUAAUAUCAGUCCAAGAGGAAGAUGUCGGUGAAUGGACCUGUGCUGCAGUUGUCGACGGGGAGGUCCUUGAAUCCAGGGACACAGUAACUCUGUACAUUGGAGAUCAAUCAUAUCCCUUGUACCAGGCUGGUCUCAUUGGGACGGCGGUUGGGGUUGCCGUUCUGGUGUUCGUGUUUAUUGGUUUUAUGGGCUAUAAGCGCGGAUGGUAUCAAUUGCUUGGUCUGCGCCCUGCUCGUCAAGACAGUAGCGCCUUUUCUGAAGCCCCAGUAACCUUUAGCACUCGCAGUCGCUCGUUGACAUCCACAACCUUAAGCAGCUGUAGUUCCGAGGAUAGCGCAGUUCAGAGGCAAUGAAUGAGUCUCUCUUAUAAGGCUCGCAUUUUUACAUUAACUGUCUCUUGAUGAUUUUAUAGAGUUAUAGAUAAUAUGUAAUACUGUGAUUCAGUAAAUAUAUAUUUUUUAAUAAAAA